AUGACUGGAGAUUUUCCCAGUGGAAGUACUAUAUAUUUCGCUGAAUGGAUUCCAGUAUCUCUCACUUACAACUAUCAAACAACAAUAAUGUUCUCAACCGUUUUACUCUCCGGUCUUAGUAUUAUAGGUGCUAUAAUCUAUUUUAUUCGGUAUAAAUACAAAAAACAAUUAAAUAUAAUCACAAGUGCUGAUCAGGCACGCGAAAUACUGAAAUCUGAUCAGUAUGUUCGACAUAUAUCAAAUGCUUGGCUAAUAAAUACACUAUCAAUUGUAAAUCCAUUUACUAUUCAUGAUAAAUCAUUGUUAAAAACAUUUAAGAAUAGAGUUAUAUUAAUAUUAGCAAACUGGUAUAAGGAAGAUAAGUAUGAAGAACUUGUUUUCGUAAUUGGAAAACGAAUAGAUUACCAUAUACCAUUAUUACAAUUAAAUAAUAGAAAACUUUGUUUAUCAAAAUUGGUCAAACAAGUCACAUUAGAUUCAUUUCUUACGGGCGUUCUCAAUGUCAAUGCCAAUGAUGAUUUGCUUACAGAAUUACCUGAUUUAAUUAUUCAUUUAUGGAAAAAUCGUGAUGAUAAAAAAGCUCAAACUCGUUUAAAAGAACUAUUUGUAAAUAAUAAUGAUCAAUUUACUCAGUCUGAAAUUUGGCAACAAAUUCAAACAAUAUUAUCUAAUCAUUCAAGUGCCAUUUCAAACAUGGGAAUCAAUGAUUUUGAUGAAAAAAUUUCCAACCCAUUGAAUAUUAUUGUUCCAGGUUGGGAAACAAUGUGGCGAGUAGUAUUCUAUUCAUUACUCGAAUUACUUCGACAUCCAAAAUUAUUAGAAGAACUAUCAUUACAAUUAAAUGAUCAAUCAAAAUCACCUCAAAAUUGUCUCUUACUAGAAUGUAUUAUAAAAGAAACAUUAAGAUUAUAUCCACCAACGAAAAAUAUCUAUCGCACACAUAUACAAACUGGCGAAGAAGUACGCAUUGAUAUACAACAUAUCCAUCAUAAUAAAAGUGCAUGGGGAUCUGAUGCAUGUACUUUUCGACCUGAUCGUUUUCAAGAAAAGUUAACUGAUGAACAACAAAAACAUUAUUUACCAUUCUCAAUUUCUUGUCCAGCUCGACAUAAAUUUGCUUAUAUAUUUGCUGGUGCUAUAAUAACUGAAAUUAUCAAACAUUGUCCAACGUUCACUAUUGCUGAAGAAUCGAUAUUACCAUCAACUGAUAAACUAUUAGAUGUAACCCGUAAUUCAUAUAAUGAUUUACUGAUACUUGUAUAA